GAUACAAUGGAAGAAAUAAAGAAAUGAAAGAAUUCAGAAAAUGUGUUACAAACAAACUCUGGCUCUUGAUUGUUUCUUGCGGAGUUCUCGGACUUUUCAUUUUUCACGGAGAGAGAAAGAACCCGUUUUCGAUCUCUGAAAAUACAGUUUAUGGAGAGACGAGAAGAGUUCUCCAAGAUCGGAGAAAUGUGUUGAAGAAAGAAUGUUCGCAGAUAUCAACCAAACAAAACCUUCAGGGAAGAUUUUUCCCUAAUUCCGUAACUAUAUCGGAGCAGGAUGGUAUUGCUUGGUGUAGGAUCGGAAAGGUUGGGACGCAUGCAUGGUCUGCUCUCUUUCUCUUACUCCGAGGUGUUAAAGUUCCAGAGAUAAAGGAUGCCAUUAAAGAGUUGAAAACACAUAAUUUGAUGAAGAAAUUUUAUGCCUUGAAUCCGAAGAAAAAAAUAAAAUAUCUCCGAGAGAGAGAUUUGUUUAAGUUUAUAGUUGUGAGACACCCUUUCCAAAGAUUGGUCUCCGGGUACAGAGAUAAACUUGAGAAUUCAUCAGAGUAUAAUAUGAGAUACAGAGACGAGGCUGCUAGUAUGGUUGAUAAUAUAACCCGGAGCGGGGAACAGAACCCAACCUUCUCAGAGUUUGUGGAUUAUCUAAUCAAAACUGAUUCUAGUGUUAUGGACAAACAUUGGGCUCCCUAUUCGGAGGUUUGUCUUCCUUGCUCUGUGAACUAUGAUGCUGUGAUCAAACUAGAGACCCUGAGCCAGGAUUCAAGAUGGAUCUUCCACCAGUUAAACCUGACCACCAGGAGACAGGACUGGGAGAAGGUGACCGGGACGGAUGGAUUAGGAGUUCAUGUUGGUCCUGGGGGUAGAGGAAUCAAGCAAACUUCUAACCUGGCGAUUGAAUACUUUAAAACAAUCUCUAAAGAUAAAAUAUUGAAAUUGUAUAAAAAGUAUGAACUAGAUUUUAGAUUAUUCGACUAUUCACUCAGUGAGUUCUUCAAGUAAAAAGUUUGUUGAUUAAUCUUGAAAUAUAUUUUGAUGAAUAAAAAGACAUUUAGUUAAAC